GGCGGGGCUGGAGCGGCGGGAGCGGGGCCGGGGCCGAGCCCAGUCCCAGGCCCGAUCCCAGGCCCGAGCCCGAGCCCGAGCUUCUCACGGCUCUUCCCGCGCGGACACCGCAGGAUCAUGGAUUUCCCGGGGCACUUUGAGCAGGUCUUCCAGCAGCUCAACUACCAGCGGCUGCACGGGCAGCUGUGCGACUGUGUCAUCGUGGUGGGCAACCGGCACUUCAAGGCGCACCGCUCGGUGCUGGCCGCCUGCAGCACGCACUUCCGCGCGCUCUUCACCGUGGCCGAGGGCGACCAGAGCAUGAACAUGAUCCAGCUGGACAGCGAGGUGGUGACGGCCGAGGCCUUCGCCGCGCUCAUCGACAUGAUGUACACCUCCACGCUCAUGCUGGGCGAGAGCAACGUGAUGGACGUGCUGCUGGCCGCCUCCCACCUGCACCUCAACUCCGUGGUCAAGGCCUGCAAGCACUACCUGACGACGCGGACGCUGCCGCUGUCGCCGCCGAGCGAGCGCGCGCAGGAGCAGAGCGCGCGGCUGCAGCGCUCCUUCAUGCUGCAGCAGCUGGGGCUCAGCAUCGUCAGCUCGGCGCUGGGCUCGGCGCAGGGCGCCGAGGAGCCGGCGGGCGCCGUGGGCGCGGCGCUGCGCGGCGGGCUGGAGCAGCGCGCCGCCUUCCCCAUGCGCCGCCUGCACAAGCGCAAGCAGUCCUCCGAGGAGCGCGCCCGCCAGCGCGCCCGGCCCGCCCUGGACGAGCCCGGAGCCGACGGCGCCGCCGAGAGCGGGCAGCCCGUGGGCCACUCGCGCGAGGAUUUCUUCUCGCCCGACUCGCUGAAGAUGGUGGACAACUCCAAGGCCGACGCGGUCGCCGAUAACCAGGAGGACAACACGAUCAUGUUCGACCAGUCUUUUGGUGCUCAGGAGGACGCUCAGGUGCCCAGCCAGUCAGACAACGGCGGGGGGAACAUUUCCCAGAUGUCCAUGGCGUCCCAGGCCACGCAGGUGGAAACCAGCUUUGACCAGGAGGCUGCUGCUGAGAAGAGCAACUUCCCGUGUGAAAAUCCGGAGGUCAGCCUGAACGAGAAGGAGCACAUGAGGGUGGUGGUGAAGUCUGAGCCCCUGAGCUCCCCGGAGCCUCAGGAUGAGGUGAGCGAUGUCACCUCCCAGGCGGAGGGCAGCGAGUCCGUGGAGGUGGAAGGAGGGGUGGUGAGUGCGGAGAAGAUAGAGCUGAGUCCCGAGAGCAGCGACCGCAGCUUCUCGGACCCCCAGUCCAGCACCGACAGGGUGGGAGACAUCCACAUCAUGGAGGUGUCCAACAACCUGGAACACAAGUCUUCUUUCAGCAUUUCAAAUUUUUUGACUAAAAGCAGAGGAGGUGGCUUUGGCGCCAGCCAAAACAACGACGACAACAUUCCCAACACGACCAGUGACUGCAGGAUGGACAGCGACGCCCCUUACCUGAUGAGCCCGGAGUCGGGGCCCGCCGGUGGCCACUCCUCUGCCGCCGUCUCGCACGUGGAGAACCCGUUCAGCGAGCCCACGGACUCCCACUUUGUGAGGCCCAUGCAGGAUGUGAUGGGCCUGCCGUGCGUGCAGACCUCCGGCUACCGAGCGGCGGAGCAGUUUGGCAUGGAUUUCCCGCGCUCAGGCCUGGGCUUGCACUCGCUGUCCCGGGCCAUGAUGGGCUCCGUGAGAGGCGGAGCCGGCGGCUUUCCUGGCUACCGCCGCAUUGCCCCCAAAAUGCCCGUGGUGACCUCUGUGCGGGGCUCGCAGCUGCAGGAGAGCUCGCCGGGCUCGCAGCUGAUGCUGAACGGGAGCGCGUCCUUCGAGAGCGGGCACCUGUCGCAGCCGGGCCCGCCGCAGCUGACGCGCGCCUCGGCCGACGUGCUGUCCAAGUGCAAGAAGGCCCUGUCGGAGCACAACGUGCUGGUGGUGGAGGGCGCGCGCAAGUACGCCUGCAAGAUCUGCUGCAAGACCUUCCUGACGCUCACGGACUGCAAGAAGCACAUCCGCGUGCACACGGGGGAGAAGCCCUACGCCUGCCUCAAGUGCGGCAAGCGCUUCAGCCAGUCCAGCCACCUCUACAAACACUCUAAGACCACCUGCCUCAGGUGGCAGAGCAGCAACCUGCCCAGCAGUUUGCUGUGAGCGGAGGAGCCUCGCUGUCGGCGGGACGGGCGGGCGCACACCGGCGUGCCACGGUGCCGGCACGGCACGGCUCUGCCUUUGGGGAUAUCCGGUACCUACCUCGCGGGUGUCGCCGCCGGGAGCCGCGCGGCGGGGAUGGGGAUGUGACCCCGCGGCGGGGAUGGGGAUGUGACCCCACGGCCACGAGCCCCUUUGCAGGGCAGAGGGGCGACAGCACGGGGGUCUCCUGAAAUCGCACGGUCUGAGAACAACAAACUGACCUGCGUGUUUCUUUUCUCUUCUUUUUUUUUUUUUUUUUUUUCCCUUCUCUCUAAAGCAUUUUGUAACAGUGAAAGCAUUUAAAUGAUUACUGUAACACGAGUUGCUGCAUUACGUGAGGAUGGUGGUGCAGACCCCUUGCCUUUAAAAGAGAAAAACGGCUUAGGCUGCACCUGUCUGACAUAAUGCUUUAAAAUACGCUACUUAUGACAAUAGUUCUAGGAUUAUGAAUGUAUGUUUGGCUGUUUUGUAGUAAAGGACACUGUGUAAUCAAGGUGCUUAAAUUAAAUCCCAGACAAGUAACUUUUGGGCUGCCAGGUGUACAUAUAACUUUAAUACAGCAAGAUCUGGAUAUUUGGCUGUUUUUUUUCCCGUAGAAGCGAGUAUUAAGUGGUAAGUGAAGUACUGUCUCUUGUUUGUGCUAUUCCUAGCAGUAUUUUAACCAGUUUGUAUCUCCUAUGUUAUGAUUCUAUAUACGCAGAGGUUUGAGCAGAGCUUGUCUUUGUCUGUUGUUUUGAAGGAGAGGGAACUUGUGAUGGCUUUUUUGGCCACGUAAGGCAGCAUCUCUCUGUUUCAGAUGCCCACAGCCCAUCUGGUUCCCGUUAUGGCGUGAGCAUGUUGUCUUUUUCUCUUAUCUCCAGGCUUUAAUUUCCUGCCCUGCACACUGGGCGACUUCCCUUUGCAGCUGUGGAUCUGUCCUUGGAGCACAUAGCUCCUCGGUCAGGAGCAAUCCUCCUUUGCCAUGUUGCACAGAAUCACAGAGUAUGCUCAGUUGGAAGGGGGCCCUCAGGAUCACUGUGUCCAGCUCCUGGCCUUGCAGAGGGUACCCCAACAAUCCCAUCUUGUGCCUGACACUUCUUCACCUCAGGCAGCUUUGGGGUUGUGACCCUGUCCCUGGGGAUCUUGUUCAGUGCCAGACCACCCUCUGGGUGAAAAACCCUGCCUGAUAGCCAACCUGAACCUCCCCUGAUUCACCUUCAGCUGUUUUCUCAUGUCCUGUCACUGGUCACAAGAGUGAGGAGCUCUGUACCCGCCCUUCUGCUGCUCCUCAGGAGGAUGAUGAAGAGCCCGGUGAGGUCUGACCUCUGUGUCCUCUCCUCCAGGCUGAGCAAACCAAGUGCCCUCAGCUGCUCCUCGUAAAGCUUCCUCUCCAGACCCCUCACCAGCCCCUCGGCCUCCUCUGGACAGCCUCUGAACAGCUUAAUGUCUUUGGUGUGAUGGUGCUCAAAACUGCCCCAGCACUUGAGGUGAGGCUGCCCCAGAGCACAGCAGAGCAGGACAAUCCUCCCUCGCCCUGCUGCUGACACCCCCAGGGUGUGGCUGGCCCUCCUGGCUGCCCGGGCACGGCUGGCUCACAUUCUGUAAAAUGUCCUUGUCCAAUACAAUUAAGCUAGUGUCAUAAAAGUAAUUUCCCCCAUACAUUUUAAAAAAGCUAACGUAAAAUUAAUUUUUUAAAAAUGUGCCGUACGCAAGCAGCAGAAAUUUUAUCUUUUUCUACAUAAAUCAUGUAAAUCUCUUUAAUUUCCUCUUCUUUGGUGCCACUGUCUCUUAACACUGCCUGCAGUCUCCUUUCUUCCUUGUCAAAGGUGCACACGCAGUGUGCUCAGCUUUCUUAGGUUUUAAAAUGAACUUCCAGAGCAUUUCUGCUGAUGGUAAAUGCUGCUCAGCCGAGAGGGGCUGGGUCAGGGCUGCAGCCUGUCCUUCUGCUCAGGUGAGACAGGAUUCCCUGCACCUGCCCUGUCAGCGAGUCGUUUGCACCUUGACCAUCUGAGGAGUGCAGAAGCACAGGAGAUGGUUGGGUUCAUUCCUUUAAAAUGCUAAUAUUUUGUUAUAGGGUUUACUUAAUGGUCAUAUCUUUGGCUCUUGAUUUUUUUUUUAAGCAUUAAAUAACACUUUUUUGAAUCAGUGGGAUAUGCUGUGUUUUGUUUUGAAUAAUUGCAGUAAUGGGGACUAACAGCACUGAGCUGCAUAAACACUCUCCCAAACGUCAAUAAAAUGCAGUCUUUUGUACUUUAACAUUUUCUUGUGUUGCUUUAUUAAGUAACACUGUUUCAUCUUCAUUGCAUUUCUAGUGUAUUGUAUUUCAAAAACAAGGCUUUUUUUUCAUUCUGUGUUUCCUGUAGCACUUCCAAAUUUUUGAAUUGUUGCAAUGUUUUGGAUCAAAGCAUCUCUUUGUGCAGGGAGACUAACUAGGAGCUUAUAUGAGCAGAUAAACACCUAACUGGACUCUUGAAGUGUUUUUAUAAAGAUUUUAAAGUGGAACAUCAGUUCUGUACUCUUUCUUUGUGAAGAAUUUCUGAAGGAGUGUUUUUGGCAGUGGCAGCUUUAAAUUCCGUGGUCAGUUGGUGUGAGGGCUGGAGCCUGCAGCUGCCUCGAAGCCUUCUGAGUCUUCCUGAGCACAGCAAUAAAUUCCUGGGGAUAGCAUGAAUGAACACCUGGGGCCUGAGCUGCCCGCUCCAGUGAAGGCAGUCCCACCCCACAGCCUGGAGAGCUGAUGCUGAACUGUGCUCAGAGCUGAGCUUGGCACCUGGGAUCUGGUGUGGAGGCGUGGGGCAGUCUGCUCUAAACCAGUUGGAAAUAAACCCUGCAUUUUGUGUGGUUGUGUCUGCCUGGAUUCACUGGGGUGGUGCUCUCCACACCAGCCUGUGCAGAACAAAUCGUGACUGCACGAGGGAUCAUAAAAACCUCACCUUGGUAAUGAUUUUGUCCCCGGCAGAGUUCUUUGUAUUACUUUUGUUAAUGAAGUAAUAUUUACACAGCACCUGUAAAAUUCAUGAUCCGUGGUCACUGCUGCUCUCUGAAUUCCUCACGGGAGGAUGUCUCAGGUGCAGGAGGUGCUUGUCUUGAAGGAGUCCUGGGAGGGACACCUGAGCCCCGUGCUCCAGUCCCCAAGGCAGCUGAUUUACCAGCUCGUGUCUGUUUCUGAACACACCUGGGGAGUCUGGCACACCUGCUCAGACACCAGGUCAGUUCCUGUCCUCACCAGGAACCUCUCAGAUCCUUGGCUGCCAUCCUUCAGAGUCACAGCAGCUCCAGCAGCAGCAGCAGCAUCCUCAGAGUCAGCACUAAGGACUCUUGGAGAGCACUGAGCCGGACCCACGCCCUGCUUUUCACAGCAGCGGCAGUGCUCGUUUCCACUGGAGCUUGGAGCUCCCCAGCCAGCUGGGAUGCCCAGAGCACACUCCCUUCCUCCCCACCACCAUGGCCAUCAGUCCCGCUCAGUCCAGGGUACAAACCUCCAGAACUAGUUCUGGCAGGCCAGCACAAGGCAACCAGCCAUGCUUGUGAAUCAAAAGUCACUGAUAAACGGUCACAACUCCUCUUGUGAUGCAGGGCAACUCCCAGCAGCUGUUACUGCUACCAGAGAGGGAUCCCCGAGCCUCUGGGAGAUCCCAGCAGGGAUCUGGGACCCGAGGGGACACGGAGGGUGCUGGCUGAGCCUCAGCUCUGGCUGCAGGCUGUGUGCAGGCUGUGGCUCACCCCUCCCCACGCCAGGGCUGUGCUGCUGCCUGCAGCUCACCCCUCCUGCCCACUGCAUGCUCCUGGCCCCCUCCCCUUGUGCUGCUGGCCCCAAACAGCUCUGGUCCCUGCCUGCUGGGGGCACAGGGGAGAAGGCACGGGUGGCAGCGGGGCAGUGGGGCUUGUCCUGGGGCACAGCAGUGGGAAAACACGUACAACCAACCCCAUCCAGUGGGGCGGGUCAGCCGCUGGCACCAGGGUCCAGCUGGGCACACCACGGGGGCUGCUGUGCCCUCCUCCGUGGGCCUGCACAGCACAGAGGGGAGCGGUGGGACUGGGAGGAGCAGGAGGAGGAGGAGGAGGAGGAGGAGGAGGAGGAGGAGGAGGAGCAGGAGGGCUGAGGGAGAGCCACAGCUGAAAAGGAACCAGAGCCCAGGUGUGCCCUUCAGCAUGUUCCCUGGCUUGAGGGCUGGGAGCACUCGGAGCUGGUUAGGGACUGGUGACAGCCACCAGAGAUCACCCUGGGGACACCGUGGGGUGGCUGGGGUGGGUAGCACUGCAUGGCUGUGACUGAGCUGUGACAGGGCUCUCCUGUCUGCCAUGUGGUCACCGAUGAUGAGGGGCCAUGGCAAGGCCAGUGCCCAUCCCAGGGCAGAUCCACCCCCAAGCUGCAGGAUGGGCCAGCUGGACCCCAGGCUGUGGCUGUCCACACCCCAAAAGUGUCCAAGGCCAGGCUGGACAGGGCCUGCACCAGUCUGGGACAGUGAAGGUGUCCCUGCCCGUGGCAGGAAUGAGAUGAUCCAUAAGGUCCCUUCCACCCCAACCAUGAUUCUGUGAUUAAUGGCACAGAGAGGCGGGCUCAGGUUCCAGCCCCAAUUAUGGAAGUGGGACAGUGGCUGCAGGACACAUGGACCCCCAGAGCCCUCGAGAUGUGCCCUCAGGCCCUCCUGGCAGCUGGAGGCUCAGGCCCCACUCAGGCUCUCCUGCACCAACAAAUGGCACUGCACAUCUGAGAACCACGAGGGCAGCUGCAGCCAGAACCUCCCAGUGAACUCCAGCUUGCCAUCCACUCUGGAUCUGUGCCUGGGAUUGGUUAUGGAUACCAAGGCAGAGCAGGAGGUUCUGGGGAGCUGCACAAGCCUGGUCUGUGCUUUUCCUGGACCCCUCAAGCACAGCAUUAAGCAGCGCCACUGAUGCCAUGGGACCACUGGAUGUGUGGGCUGGCAGCAGCUCCUGUGGCAGCAGCAGCUCCUGGGGCAGCACCUGCAUGGACAAAGCUGCUCCCUCUCCUCCCUUGUGGCCACAAGCCCAGGGAAGGCACUCCUGGCCUCUCCCCGUGCCCGGGAGCCAGGCUUUGAGGACAGGAGUGCCGAGCAGCUCCCAGCACGGAAAGCCCUCCCCAUGCCGGGCCAGCCCUCCCACGGCCGGCUGGCACCGCGGUGUGCCCUCCACGUGCCCUGCUCUCCAAUAACAUCAGCACCACACCGGGCUGGCUGCUACUCUUUAAUGGCUCCGGCCACCGCACGGCAGGCGACACAGGCUGGCGUCCCUCGGCGCCGCUGGAGCGGGCUCUGGCCGGUCAGAGGUGCAGCUCGUGGGGCAUGGGCUCCCCUCGCAGCCCGGCCAGCAGGUUCCGCGCUGCCAGCACGGCCAUGGUGCUCCGCGUGGCGUAGGUGGCGCUCCCGAUGUGCGGCAGGAUCACUGCGGGGACAGCAGGACACGCUCAGCCCGGCUCAGCCCGCCCGGCAGCCGGGGCUCCCACAGGCACAGGCCAGGUGGGAGCUACGUGUGCGCUGAUAAAGGUGUGGUACUGCUGCUGCAGGUAAUGCACUCCUUAAAUACACCUGCAGGAAUCAUGCCCUGCCCCGUCUGGCUUCAGAGCUCUCAAAUCUCAAAGUACUGCAAAUAUUUCCACAAAGUCUCAGCACUUCCCACUCCUCACACUGUCUACUUUGAGAAAUAAUGCAAAGAAAUAAAAAAUGAGUUUAGCAAAAAGGUAAAACAACGGCUAUAGGUUUGCACUUCAGAAAGAGGCAGUUUUGGUCAGUUCCAAAUUUUCAUGGAUGCCCCUACGGUUUCUUUUUUGGAACAUACUCUUCCCACCCCAGAAACCCUCUCCAGAGAGGACUGGCCAAGCAAGCUCCUUCCUAGCCACCCUUCCUCAGCUGCAUCAUCCUCCUCCAGAGGAGACAGGUC